CACCCUUUGAGUUUUAUAUCUUUAAUAUCUGCUUGUAUUGCCAGUCGAUCCAUCAUCCGUCACUUUAAAAUCUUCCAUCGUUUUAUUGACGGUAAUGUGUCAUAAAGCAAUCAGUAAAAAUAAACCAGAGGAAGAAACCCUCACUCAGCAGAAACCCCCCUGAAAAAUUCAACAUGCCACAAUUUUUACAUUUUGAUGUGUCAAGACAGGAAACGUGGCGCGCGCUGCGUAGCCACACUUCCUUCUUUGUCGCUUUAUAAAGCCGCCGUGUCCUCCGUUCACUCUCACAUCACUCUCACAUCCUCAUUGGUGCUACAGAUCACAACAAACGGCGUGAUGACGACUAAACCUCUGAUCCUCCUCGCCGCUCUGACUCUCUGCUGCUGCUUCGCCUCUCUGCAAGCUCGUCCGAGGCAGUCCUGUAUGUGCCUGCGGACCCUCUCCAACCCGAUCCCUGUCCGGAUCAUCAAGGACAUUAAAGUGGUUCCUAUCUCAGGACACUGCCGCCGCGUUGAAAUGAUAGUGACCAGGAGGAACGGUUCCCAGGUUUGUGUCGACCCAGCAGCAAAGUGGAUCAACGACCUGCUCAGAAACCUGCAGAAUAAACAGCAGACCUCCAGCUCGACCACCGUGACCCCGACCGGUUCCACUCUUAACUUCUGAUCCCAUUUAUUAAUGUCAUCAUGGCUUCAUUCAAAUUGAUCAAACUGUGAAUUAACUGUUGGCAGGCUGAGCUGCAUUCAAAUAUUGUAAUUCAAACAAUUGGACUUUCUGGCGUUACCCUUUUGGAAAAAUGCUGAUAAUUCUACAACAAUACUGUCUCAGUGCUUCCUUGUACGCCUGAAGAACUGUGAUAUGAUAGUAAUAAGCUUUAACGGUGCUGUUUUAUGUAUAAAAUCUGUUAUUGGGGAAUUCCUUAUUGCUGUAUGGAUACUUAGAUUCUGAUAUAAAAUGUUUAAUCGUGCCAUUUUAUUGCCAAAAGGCACACAUGUGCUCUGUGAAGUAAAUUGAUGUAUAUUUGUGAUGUGCUGGUGUUGUAUCCACGACGUAAAGAAUAAAAGACUCAGACAAAAAGUUAAACAAGGAUGAAUGUUUAUUGCCUACAGCAGUAGUUCUCAACCUUUUUGAGUCGCGACCCCCAAUUUAAC